ACAAAGUUUUCUUAAGCCUUUGACAAACGCACGUUCGUAAAAUUCCAUACUAUUAUAGUCAUCGAAUAAUUCUUACAAGUACAAAUUAAAAGUAUUCGAAAGAGAGGGGAAAAAGUUCGAAGCUAGUUGGCGACGUUUAUUUGACAAUCGUUUCUCGAUUUCGCUUCGAAUUUCGAAUCGAUCGGUGGUGAAUUUGAUCGGCAAGUUACCGGUAACUAGUAGUAACUACAAUUCGUCGACGUAAAUCGUAAGAGGCAAUUUAGUGACGUGUUCGACUUAACCAAGGAACAUAAACAGACAAGACGACCGGCAGUAAACUCUACUCGGAUCUUAAUUUCGCGGAUUUGAAUUUUUGAUAAGACAAUCGUUCACCGAGAUGGCCGGCAAAAGCGAGUGGGACUACUCUGUCCAAAAUGGACCCAGCACGUGGGUGUCCAAGUUCCCAAUGGCGGCGGGAUCGAGGCAGAGCCCCGUGAAUAUCGAAACCGAUCGAGUAGAAUCCGACCACGAGGCCUUGAGCAGCAAACCUCUGCGCUGGAAGUAUCCGGCGACUGCUUCCCGGAAGCUGGUCAAUCCUGGUUACUGCUGGCGGAUGGACACCGAUGGCGAGGGCACGUUUUUGAGCGGAGGUCCUUUGAUGGAUGACGUCUACAAAUUGGAACAGUACCAUUGUCAUUGGGGAUGCAGCGACUCUAGAGGAUCCGAGCACACUGUCAAUGGUCAAGCUUUUGCUGGAGAGUUGCAUCUGGUGCAUUGGAACACGAGCAAAUACAACACGUUCGCAGAAGCUGCGAAGGCGUCUGAUGGCCUUGCAGUACUCGGCGUGUUUCUCAAGGUGGGAAAGACACACGUGGAAAUGGAGAAGAUCGCCCGUUUGCUACCCUACGUCUCGCACAAGGGUGAAGUCGUAGAAAUUGUGGAACAAAUCGAUCCCAGCAUGCUGCUUCCUGAUGAUAACGGCUACUGGACGUAUCUGGGUUCGCUGACGACGCCACCUUGCAACGAGAGCGUCACUUGGAUCCUCUUCAAGAAGUGCAUCGAGGUGUCUCAUCAUCAGCUCAACAUCUUCCGCAAUUUACGUAAAUUCUCCCGUGGCGAAGAGUGUCCCUGUCAUGAGAAUCAUGGAGCGGUAAUCAACAACUUCCGUCCACCAAUGCCGCUCGGAAAUCGCGUGCUGCGCGAGUGCGGCAGCUUCUGAGUCUGUUCCCUAGCGAUGGCGCAUCGGGAUCAGUCGAUGACGGGCGAAGAACGACGGGAAAGGAGCGAGCCGACCGCGUUGCCCACCAUUAUGGUUGACCAUGGAGCGGCCGCGACGAUUCCCCGGGCUCUGGCCGCUAGUCGUGCGUCGUCGUUCAACCUUCAUUCUAUAUCAUGGACCUUUCUCGCCGGGAGAACGAAGUGCCUUCUUUGUUUGUCGAGAAUCUCUGGGAUGGUUGUUGGAAGAAGAGAGAGCGAAGGACAGGGAAAGAUUUUCUGUGAGAAAACCGGUGGAUGAAGAUAGAGGAGCAUGUUCUAAACACGAUGAACGUUCUUCGAGCAAUUUUAGUAGGCGUGGUUGAAUUAAGUAGGAUGAAGAGUGAUUGGUGAACAGCUGAAUGGUGCUGUCUAUUGUUUUAAUGAUCAGCGAGGUUUCUUCGUUAAUUAUUGUACGUUACUUAUGGUAUUAAGAGGAUUGAAAGAUAACAGGAGGAGAUAAGGCAUGGUAUUAAGAUAGGGUGGUGAUUAGUUUUUAAAUUUAGGACAAACUGUAGCGACGAGUUGUAGCGAGAUAAGGGAAAUUUUAAUGGACAGCACCGAAAUGAGAAUCGAGGAUGGAAUGAAAUUUGGAAAGCAUUUCGAAGGGGCCAUGGCACAGAACGUUCGAUGAACAUUUAGACGUAACAGUUGUAUACACACAGCGUGUCUUGUUUGAAUGAUCGUGAUUAGUAGAGCGAUAGAUGUUGACGUUUCGUUAUUUGAUCACGACCUCGACGAUUAUCGUGGAAGAGCAAAGCGAAGUGUGAACGUCUCACCUCGAUUUCAAGUGCAAUUAAAAUGUAGCCGUAAUGGGAGAGGAUUUUGCUUGUCCGUAUCAUAGAGUAGUGACUAGAUAUAUAGUUGGAGACUUUUGUGACUGCUUGUUUUAACAGAUUAGAAACGAGGAACGUGCCUAUACGUAUAUGUACCCUACGCUACACGAGAAGUACACAAGAAUUACAGCAGAAAGUUUAUGGAGAAUUUUUAAACUGAGAAUUUUAAAACGUUUUACUGAGAUUUUAGAACAGAUCCGUCCACUAUUGGCCGAUCCUCAAAGGAUCAAAUAGAACACCGAACAGAUAUCAUUGUUUACCAAAUGCUGUAUGGUAAUUAUGUUCCGCGUUUAGAUAAUUCUAUACUAUAUACGUAUAUGUUUACACGUGUGUGCGGGUGUGAUGUUCAAUAUAGAUGUUUGCGGUUUGUAUAGUUUGUAAAAGUCUGCGAGGCUGUCGGGUGGUAAACAUUGACCCUCAACUGAUAACAUGUAAACGAAGCUUACACUGCGGAAUGAUGUUUGAUUCAACAUAUCACCGUCUGUUUGUAGAAGAACUUUUCAAUUUGAACUUAGGAUUUCCAAUUCUCAAACUGCAAAUUAUAUUUUUAAAUUGAAAUUUCUCGUUGAGAAAUUUCCAGUUUAAAUUUCUAGUAAUGCGUUUGAAUUGCGUGUACACGAGUUUGAAUUGGUUCAUACGGAUAUUCCGUAUGAGUGAAAACAUAUGCUUCUACGAUUGUAUCAAAGUACAGAUUAUCCGGGUGGCAUGUUUUCAGAUUGGACUAUACCAAGCGUGACUAAGAGGUGCCAUUUUAUGUUAUCCGCGCGACAUUUAUAAUUCUUCUUCUAAGUCAUUUUCCGAAGCACACCAGAAGCUGCUGAUUCGAUGUGCCUCAGACUACGCACGCCUGUGUGCCUUUUUAAUCACCUUGCGUGAAAUAACACAAUUGUAUACUAUUAAUAUUAACUUUUGUGUCUGGGUUCAUCGAGUAUCGUUUACUCGAUAAUUUCAGAUGCGAAGAACGAUGAAAUUGUCCUUUUUGCAUAUUGCAAUUUUGUUUGUAACAGAUGCUUUCGUCGCGAUGACAACGCCCUCGUUUGUUCCAUAUUUUAAUUUGUUUAACCAAAAUCGGGUAAUGGUAUCGAAAUAAGUAAAUGGCUCUAAUUACAUCAGGGAUAAAUGAUGUACAAUCUUUGCGUGAAGUUUUAAUUGAAGUUUAGAAAAGCUAUUUACAUAUUAUUUGACCCGAUUCUGAUUAUAAAA